UGCUGGGUGCCACCAACGGUGCAGCAGACUUUAUCUUCGCACGAGACAACGCUUGGCGUGAUCCGGAAGUGGACGGAAUAGACGGAAUGGCAGAGCGUGAUUACAUCGGUUUCGCCACACUGGCAGAGCAGGUGCACCGCAAAUCGGUGAAGCGUGGUUUCGAGUUCACGAUGAUGGUGUGCGGCGAAACCGGGCUCGGCAAAUCGACGCUCAUCAACACACUCUUCCUGACCGAGCUGUACGGCCAGCGCACCAUACCGCCGGUCGAGGAGCGCAUCGAGAAGACGACCCGCAUCGAGAAGAAGACGCUCGACAUCGAGGAGAAGGGCGUGAAGCUGCGGCUCACGAUCGUGGAUACGCCCGGGUUUGGCGAUUCGGUCAACUGCGAGGACAGCUGGCGCGUCUGCAUCACGUACAUCGAGGAGCAGUUCCGCCAGUACUUUACCGACGAGAGCGGCCUUAAUCGGCGCAACAUACAGGACAAUCGGGUGCACUGCUUGCUGUACUUUGUGCCACCGUACGGGCGCAGUUUGCGUCAGCUGGACAUUGACCUGUUGCGCCGUAUCCACAAGAAGGUUAACAUCAUCCUGGUGAUCGGGAAGGCGGACACGCUCACGCCGAAGGAGGUAAAGUCGCUGAAGGCGCGCAUCCUGGAGGAUGUGGAAACGCACGGCAUCCAGAUCUAUCGCUUGCCCGACUGUGACUCGGACGAGGACGAAGCGUUCAAGAAGCAGGACCGGGAGCUGAAGGCGAGCCUACCGUUUGCGGUGGUGGGCAGCAAUCUGGUGAUGGAGGUCGCUGGACGCAAGAUCCGAUGCCGCCAGUACCCGUGGGGUGUAGUGGAUGUGGAAAAUCCAGAGUACAGCGAUGUGGGGAAGCUGCGCACGAUGCUCAUCUCGACGCACAUGCAGGACCUGAAGGAUACGACACGCGACAUCCAUUACGAGAAUUAUCGGGCCCAGUGCAUUUCCCAGAUAUCGCAGCACGCGUUGCGCGAGCGCAACAAGCUCAAGCACGAAUCGACCGCUUCCAACCAUGAACUGACCGAAGCGGAACGUUUGCUGCUGUUGCAGAAGGACGAAGAGAUCCGCCGCAUGCGAGACAUGCUCGCUGAGAUGCAGGAAAAGCUGGACACUACGGCGACCGGCGAGUCGGUUGUUAACGUCUAGUACCACACGUCAGCGGAGGGCAGCUCGGUUUCUUCUUC